AUGACAAGAAGAUAUUGGAACAUCAAUUUGGAAGAGAUGAUGGAAGCGGGAGUUCAUUUUGGUCACGGUACUCGUAAAUGGAAUCCUAGAAUGUCGCCUUAUAUCUCUACAAAAUGUAAAGGUAUUCAUAUUAUAAAUCUUACUAGAACUGCUCGUUUUUUAUCAGAGGCUUGUGAUUUAGUUUUUGAUGCAUCAAGUAGAGGAAAACAAUUUUUAAUUGUAGGGACAAAAAAUAAAGCAGCUGAUUCAGUAGCAUGGGCUGCAAUAAGGGCUCGCUGUCAUUAUGUUAAUAAAAAGUGGCUGGGGGGUAUGUUAACGAAUUGGUCCACGACAGAAACGCGACUUCAAAAAUUCAGGGACUUGAGAAUGGAACAAAAGACAGGGAGACUCGCUCGUCUUCCAAAGAGAGACGCAGCCGUGGUGAAGAGACAAUUAUCUCACUUGCAAACAUAUUUGGGCGGGAUCAAGUAUAUGACAGGAUUACCGGAUAUUGUAAUCAUCGUUGAUCAACAAGAAGAAUAUACAGCCCUUCGAGAAUGUAUUACUUUGGGAAUUCCAACGAUUUGUUUAAUCGAUACAAAUUGUGACCCGGAUCUCGCAGAUAUUUCGAUUCCGGCAAACGAUGACGCUAUAGCUUCAAUUCGAUUAAUUCUUACUAAAUUAGUAUUUGCAAUUUGUGAAGGUCGCUCUAGCUAUAUAAGAAAUCCUUGA